AUGUUUACGCGACUCAACACUUGCCGAAACAAGCUGGAGCAGUUCUUCGCGCUGCAAGAGCUGAUGGGGAAUGACGGAGUGCAGCUCCCGGUAACGCUGAUCGAACAUCGACCAGCUAGAGGAAUACGGCAUCUGCCGAGCGGUGGCGACGACUUCCAUCGGAAGGAACGGCGCUGUUGUUCAUUUGGUGACUGGUCAAAGUACCACAACAAUGUUCCGGUGAAAACGACGGAUCCGGCCGUAUUAAAGGAGAAGGCUGCUGAAGAACUCAAGUCUGCAGCAUCGCUCAAGGGCGGAGGUGGCGAGGAGACCACCAACACUCCGGAAGCUGUCCCAAUUGAGAAGGACGACCUGCUGGAGAAGAUCGCCACCUCGUCACCCUCAAAAACGACAGCCAGCGCCACCACCACCAAGAAAACCGGCGACGGCAGUUUGGCGGCCACAAACGACGUUGACAUGGAAAACGACGAUCUGCUCCAGCGGCUGGAGGCCAUCGAAAAGGGGGAAGCGGAAGAAUCAGCGACAACGACUUCUUCUUCCAAGAAAGAUGAGGACAAGAAGGAGGAUGAUCUUUCUCCGGCGGAGGCAAACCACCAGAACGGGUUGGACAAACCUGACGAGGACGAACUUCUGGAGAAAAAGAUGGAAGUUGACGGUGCAGUAGUAGCGGAUGACAAGAAGGAAAAAUCUAGCGUGUCGGAUAAGACGACGAACGGAUCGUCAUCGGCAGAUCAUGACACGCAGGCGAAGCCUGCUGCCGAGCCGGAAAAAGUUUGUAGAUUCCACACCGGAGGCAGCCGCCCCAGCGCCAACUCCGGCCGAACCGCAGGCCGACGAAGCGAAGUUGAACCAGUUGUGGAGGCGUCCACGGCCGUCGAAGUUUCCAAGACUCCCUGUGCCAAGAAGGAGGCCUAUCAGUGCAGGAGUGGAGGUGGAGGAGACUCCCCGAAAGAGGUUCCAGCAGCUGAACCAGAGAAGGCCUCCACUCUUGCCAAGGAGGGAGCAGCGGAGAAGUUGGAAAAUGUCGUCGAUAGCGCGAGUGAAACGAACAACACAACCACGACGGUGUCGGCCCUGGUAAACAAUGUUGACGCCGAGGAAGUGCCACCGGCGCCGGCCGCCGAUGAGUCCAAGGUGCUGGACGACAGCAUCGAGUGUGCGCUGCCUACGUCCAGUUCGGACAAAAUUGCCGACCGGUUAAAGCAGCAGUUGGUUUUGAUCUCGAACGGAAGGAGCACACCGAACGCGACCGUCAGCUCGAGCAACGUGUACAACUCGACCCCGAUCCAAAAGCAGUUCGAAAUCAUCUCGGAGAGCCCAAGAAGGAUGCUCCCGAAACGAGCAAGGAAUCGGCUGCCUCGUCGGUGGGAAGUGUUAUUUAAUGAAUAUUAUUCUCUUACAGCUUCCUCGGCGCUGAACACCGCAGAGGGGACCAACCUGUACGCCAGCAACGCCCGCAAAUUCAACGGAAUCUCCUCCAUGUCAGGAUCCGAGCUAGACGAUAAAUCCGCCAUGCAGACGCCAGCAAAUGUGACGACCACUGCAGCCUUGACCACAACGACAACCACCGCCGCCAACAAGCUUGACCCCACCCAGGCACUGACUUCCUAGGAUGCGCUGUACGAGGUCAGCGUAUGGUUCGACGGAGCGGAGUUGCAGUUCUUGUCGGUGGAGAAGGUGAUCGAGGACAAGCUGGCAGCGCCCGGUUUGGCCGGGUCCACCCAAGAUCUGACCGGAAUUGACUCGUCAAAGCAGUUUUCCAACGGUUGCGUGGGAAGUCUUGGCCCGUUCCAGAUGUCUUCGGCGAUACCGGCCGCCGAUUCACACUCAAGCGCAACGGACAGUUCGGGGACAAUCUCCAGCCAGUCGAAGGCACCACUAUCCAAGGUUAAGCACACCGUCCGAGGGGCCAAGGCGCUGGCAUCAGUUGAGGUUAGGAUGUCCGGUCGGCGCUCUCAAACGUCCAAGUCCUCGAAAGAAAACAAAGCAGCAGCGGAUCAGAAUUCGAACAUCUCGCAGCAGCUCGAGGAGAUCAACGCUAAGCUGGCCAAGCUAGACUCGUUGGAGAACCUUAACAAGGAUCUCCUGGCGAAGUUGCUGGAGCUGUCUCAGCGCGUUGACGCCGUCACGGUGGAAAACCGGAAGCUCAAGCAGGAAGUGGUAGAUCUGAAGCAGGCCCAGCUUCAGAAGGAAGUCCUCAUCAAGGACGUGGAGGAAGUGCGGCCGCUAGUUUUCAAGCAAAACAAGCGGACUGACGCUGUCCUGGUCAAGUUCUGGCGGGUUCAGGACAAGCAAAGGUUCAUCGGCUGCGUGCGUGCUCUCAAGAGGCCUGUAACUCCGGCGGAGCUCAACAUCCGAUCACAGAACAAAUUUGUUCUGGUUCAAUACUAUCUGACACCGGAGAAGCUGGAGUUGCAUCGGCAAACCUGGGAGCUCUGUAAGCUGGGACUUCAACGCCCCUGGAUUUACAACGACUCAACCUGGACCACUCAUCCCGAGACGAACAAGCGCUUCCGGGUGGCCGACUCUGGAGACCUCGAAGACCUCCAGUUCAUCCUGGUCACGGCGCAGCAGACGGGACGGAAGGACCCUUCGCCGUCGGUCAACGGCAAGCGGGGCAGCGCAACAAACACGCCGAUCCUGCUGACGCUGGAAGAAGCGACAGCCGCGGGCGGUGGCGAAAAGGGUUUGCGGUCGACGCGGAGCAAACGCAGCAACAAAAUCCAGGUUCGGGAUAUCCCACGCUAAGCCAAUCGCACGGACCUCCGACCACGUCGAU